CGUGAUCUGAGAAUGGACUUCCCAAACCAGAGGCCAAGUAAUGUCCGUAUGAUCACCUGACCGCGCAUAUGGUUCGUGUCUACCUGGAGCUCUAGUGGGGAAUCGUAACGCGACUUGUAACCCCAAUGUCAACAGGCCUCCAUUCCAGAGUUAGGAGAUAACCCACGACACAGACGAUCUCACAUCAAUGGUCUCGAUAUAUUUGCUAUAUCCCACUUGCUAGUUACCGUCGCCGAUAUGCCCGCGCCAGGCGACCAGCACAAUGGCGGGAAUAAUACUGCGAAUCCAUUUGAAGAAGUUAAAUCACAUAUAUCCGAAUACACAGCUCAAGAGAUUGCCAGUCUCCAAAGCAGGUUACAAAAGCAGUUAGGCCCAGAAUACAUAUCAUCCAGAUCCGGUCCAGGAGGCCAGAAGCUACACUAUAUCCCAGCAGACAAAUGCAUCCAACUUGCCAACGAAGUCUUUGGCUUCAACGGCUGGUCUAGUCAAAUCAAGGAUCUCCAGGUGGAUUUCCUGGACGAGAACCCUACCACAGGCAAAGUCAACCUGGGCCUCUCCGUCAUCGUCCGAGUCAGCUUGCGAGAUGGGACAUUCCACGAGGACAUUGGCUACGGGCAUAUCGAAAACUGCAAGGGCAAAGCCGCCGCGUUCGAGAAGGCGAAAAAGGAAGGCACGACAGAUGCUAUGAAAAGAGCGCUGAGGAACUUUGGAAAUGUCCUGGGGAAUUGUAUCUACGACAAGGAGUACCUGGCCAAGGUGACUAAAGUGAAAGUAGCGCCGACCAAAUGGGAAGUCGACAACCUUUAUAGGCAUGGGACUUAUGCUACGAAGAAAGAGGAAACAGCGCCUGACGUCCCGGUUUUCAAGCAGGAACCGGAUUCGAUUUCAAGCCCGACAGCUAGGGGGUCAUUUGAGGAUGAGUUUGAUGAUGGGGCAUUCGACGAGACUGACUUUACUUCGGCGUACGAUCCUGAUUCCCAUCCUGACGAGAUAGCGCUCCCAGACGCGCCUCCGCCAGCGGCUCGUCACAACAGUCCUGGUCGACCAGUUAAUGGCCCUGGUCUAACAGCAGCUGGGCAGUCUGCACAUAACAAUGCUGUGCCGAACCAGGCUAGACAGCCUCAAUCUCGACCACAGCAGAUGCAAGCUCCAUCUCGGCCGCAACCUCAAAACAAUGCCCAGAUGGCUGGUGCUCGUCCCCCACAACCACGUCCACAACACCCAUCACAGCCCCAAACACCAAAUGGCAGCUUGUCAAGGUCAAGUUCAGGCGCCGGGCGUGCCAUGCCGCAGCCACCAACCGCGAACCCAACCGGCAUCCCCCAAGGCGCCGUCCCAGGACACGGUCGAGUGCUCAACCAGCCAAACAGACAACGAACCCCCCCUCCCCCACCAAACGGCUCAGCAUCCCCCAGUUUCACCAGACCCCAAAACCCCGACUCCGACCCAACCAACCAACCCUUCCACCCCCCUCCCGACGGCAACCCCCCCAUCGGUUUCUUCUCCGCGAAAGCCGCUCUGCUGCCCACCGACGGCCAAGCACCCGACGGCUCCUCCACCGUCCUUCCGAAAACCGCGGUUUUUAACCCACACUCCGAGUCCCCCUCCAUCCGGAAGACUCCCGGUAUCGAUCAUACAAAAACGAUUCCCGUGAAUAGGAAUUUUAAGCAGGCACCCAACCAACCUCCGGGCACGGCUGCUGUGGUGCCGGUGAGGGGUAAUAUCAAUGUGGUGAAUCCGCAGCUUGAUGCGACGAGGCGCGUGGGGGCGCCGGGGAGCCCGAGUCCGUUGGGGAAUAGGGGGAGUUAUAAACCGCCUACUAUGGUGGGGAAGAGGCCGGGUGAUGUGGGAGGGGCAGGGGAUAGGUUGCCGUUGGGGGAGGUGCCGAUGAAUGGGGGGGUGGGGGGUGGGGGGGGCAUGAGGUUAAGAGGCAGAGGAUGAGUGGUCCUUGAGGCGGGUGGAUAGGUGAGUCAGGGGUUUGUUGUUAGGAGUUUGGGGGGGGUGUUCAACGGCAUGAAGCUGUGAUGGGCCAAAUCUGGCGUUUUUGGAAGGGAUCGGAUAUGUCUAAUGACCUUGUGGAGAAGAAAAUGGAAAGAUAUCCAAGUGCCCAACUAUGGCUGCUGUUUUGCUAGCGUUUCUCAUAUUGCAAAUUAUUAGACAACACAGAAGAUACAUCUUUAUGACAACCAGCUAGUCACACUGGGUUUGAAGUGUCUAU